AUGGCUCAGGCCUCGCCUUCGUGGCAAAGGCUGUUGGGGCUGCUGUCAGUGCUUCUGGCACUGAUCCUCGGCGUCUCGGCCGGGGAGCACGGUGCUGCUGUCACCGGCUGCCCCGCCGAUCUCGCCUCGGCCCCGGAACACACCUUUUCUGCCGGCUUCGACAACAGCACCGACGUUGCUGAGACUCAAGCAGAGCGCUCGCACGUCGAGAAGCUCGCGGCGACCAGCUUGCACGGCAUGGGCGCCCAAUCCAGCUUCGAGGCUUUCCGAGUCGAGAUUCCUGCCUCGUGUAACACUCCCAGCAUGAAGAGCUCCCUCAUCGAGCUCCCCAUCAGCUUCGCCAGUCUGCACAUGCACCUGCAGAACAUCCGAACCAAAUAA